GUUAUUGUGCCAACUUCACGUUAAUGUGCUCUCAAAACAAAUACGUAUAUUGCAUGCUGUACACAAUUCCGUGCGCCUAGUUCACCCAUACUCUAUAUGUGUUCAAUUUGCGACUGAUUAUCCAAUAUCUCGUACUAGAAUCCUAGUGGAUUCGUUCAGGAGUUCGCUGAGCUCGUAUUUGCGCCCCCCAGUCCCGUUCGGAGCCGGUCGUCGUCGUAAAAAUGGAAGUUGAUCGCGUCGCGUCGGACUCUGAAAACGUGGCGGUGGACGAAAAACUAGUCGAGGUUGAAGCUGCUGGGGACGCGACUGCGUCUCAACCGGAAAAAUUACGCCGUAGGAGUAAGAAGUAUGUCCGUAGCAAUAGCAAGGAAACCGCGACUCCGGUAACCGGUGUUGCAGCUUCAUUACCGAAAUAUCGUAAUUGGAAGAACAGCCGUCGUUCUCGCAAUGGACACGGCAGGGGCCUGCCCAAGAAAGGUGGCGCCGGUGGUAAAGGAGUAUGGGGAGCUCCAGGAUCGGAGCUCCUGGAGGAGUAUGUGGAAGACGCCAACGAUCCCAACUACGACUCCGAGGCUGUCAUCAAUGGUGACGUGGAGUUCAAGCAGGUCAUCGUGGAAGCUGACCCCGAAGAGAUAGCGCGUAAAUCUGAACCUGUGAUACUGGAGUACUUCGAGCACGGUGACACAAAUGCAGCGGCGGAGGACUUCUUGGAAUACCUGACUGCCAUGAGGAGUCACGUUGUCUGCGAAACGAUAAUAGAAAUAGCUCUGGAACACAAACCCUCCCACUGCGAGAUGGCCUCCGUGCUUAUAUCCGACCUCUACGGCAGGGUGUUCUCCGCGAAGGAUAUUGGCUAUGCGUUCGGACGGCUGCUGGACAAGUUGCCUGACCUCGUCCUGGACACGCCGGACGCGGCUGUCCUGCUGUCCAACUUCAUCGCCCGGUGCGUGGCGGACGAUUGCCUGCCACCCAAGUUCGUGCAGACUCAGAUGGACCGGAGCCAGGAACUCAACACCCACGCCAGACAAGCAAUCCACAGGGCGGAAACCCUGUUAUCAAUGAAGCAAGGUUUAGUGAGGCUGGACAACAUAUGGGGGGUCGGCGGUGGUAUCAGGCCAGUGAAGUCCCUCAUCAGGCAAAUCCAGCUGCUCCUUAAGGAGUAUCUGACGUCCGGCGACCUGGUGGAGGCGAUGCGUUGCGUCAGGGAUCUGGAGGUGCCACAUUUCCACCACGAGCUAAUUUACGAGACAGUAUUAUUAGCGGUGGAGGCCAUUAACUCUACUGUUGAGGAGCAACUGUGUACGUUCCUCGCAGAGUUACGUCGGAGUGUCAUCGUCACGCCCGAUCAGAUGGAUAGGGGCUUCCUUAGAGUUCUGGAGGACAUGUCCGAUAUAGUUCUAGACGUGCCAUUAGCGUAUAUAAUGCUGGAUCGUUUUGUGGAGCGCUGCCAGUCGCGGUUCCGACUGGGCGCUAACGUGCUUGAGCGCAUGCCCACUCGGGGCCGCAAGCGCUUCGUGUCUGAAGGUGACGGCGGCAUGAUCAAAGACCACGCGCUCAAACUGCGCGAGUAAGCACGUGGCGUGCCGUACGCACAAACUGACGCGUUUUCUGUUGCAGAUUGCGUAACAUAUUUGUCGGUGGCGUGCGUAUGGCGCGAAAAUGUGAACAAGUAAAAUUAAAGUGAAACAUAUAUUUUUAAUUAGGUUGGCACGCCUGAAAACUAUAAACAAAAUGCUUUUUUAAUGUCUUAAAUAAAUAUAAUUAACAUAGAGAUUAUAUGAUUUCGUUGAUAUUAUCUGGCGUGCGAAUUGCGCGCACCAGUUGAAUUGUAAAGUUAGCGGCCAUUUUGUGGUGGGAAAGUAUUUUUUUUUAAUUUUGAAUCUGUCGCAAAGACAAACUAAUUAUUUAGAAUAUUUUUCGUCUGUGGCGCUAUCAGCUUUGGCUGAAAAGCAUAGACAGUAGAUUUCUCAGUUAACAUUCUUACCGCAAGAAUAAAUAGUACAAAAAACCAAUCUUCAUAUUUUUUUGUAUUGUAUUAAUCCAUAAUCUGUUAUAGGAUUGCAAUAAUCUAUAAAUAAAUUAUUUUAUGAACAUCA